GGUUGCCGUUCAGUUGAGCGCCGUAUUCGUUCGAAGCAAGUCGCGUUUCGGAACAGGAAGCCAGAAGUAGCAGCCAGCCUCUGUGUGGUGCGCACACCCUAGUAUUAUCAGCAGGCGGCGUGUGCGUGGUGCGUGGUGCGGUACGCUCUAUCUGUAAAGUGUGCUCUAAUUCUCGACCAACGACGACCGUGUGAGGAUCAUAUCGCCUCGCGACUUUCAUUCCAGGUGUACCUGUUCCAGCUUCCCUUGGAAGUGUCCGGAGUUCUAGAGUGUAAGAUUAUUCCCCUCCACGAUUCGAUCGAAGAAAAAUGACAGUGUGAGAAGAAACGCAACGAAGAGUAGCGCGAGAGAGUUGAAGGAAGGAAAGAAGGAAAAGUGUUUGAGGAAAAUCGAUUUUACGAAAGUGUGUGCUUAUACAUCUAUCUACAUUGGCAUAUCCUAGAGAAAGUUGGUGAAGGAAAAGCGUAUCGAAAGAGGAGUACUGAACGAUUCUAGAGACCUCUAGCAACCCGACUCUCGGCCAAUCGACCCUUGACGUCCGGAAGGAUCCUCUUGGACCCUGUCCAGCGAAGAACGGAAAGUUGAAGUUGCCUAACAGGAGUUGAAAAAGGAUCUUCGCAGACAACCAAACGACAAAAACAAGGGUAGGAACAAAGUUGCACUACCUAGUGGAGGACAAUAACACUCGUGAGUUCCGAGCCUUCCCACCCACAAACACGAAAAAAAAAAGGAAACAGGAAAAGGGAACCAAGACAUUCCACCAAGGGUCCCCCGCGGGUGUCCCUUUCGGGCUGCGCCAGCUUGAGGGUUAGCUGCUGGUUGCACAACUGCUACUGUCUUGGGCAAUUUUCCCGCAUCCUUCUAAAAAAAAAACCAACAAUUAUGGCCCCCAAAAACGAAAGCGAGACCGGUCGGACCGACUCGUACCGGGUCGCCACCGUGGCACAGCUGAAGGAUGACAACCUGACCGCCGAUGGCCAAUACAAGGCGAGACGCAAAAUGCCACCCAAGAAGAAAGGAGAUAAUUUGGAUGAUCUGAAGCAGGAGUUGGACAUCGAUUUCCAUAAGAUCACACCAGAGGAACUCUACCAGCGAUUUCAGACACAUCCAGAAAAUGGUCUCAGCCACGCGAAAGCAAAGGAAAAUCUGGAACGUGAUGGACCAAACGCACUCACCCCACCUAAACAGACGCCCGAAUGGGUUAAGUUCUGUAAGAAUCUCUUCGGCGGUUUCGCCCUGCUACUGUGGAUCGGUGCCAUCCUCUGUUUCAUCGCGUACUCGAUCCAGGCCAGUACCGUCGAGGAACCGGCCGACGAUAACUUGUACCUUGGCAUUGUGCUGUCCGCCGUCGUGAUAGUGACCGGUGUCUUCUCGUAUUACCAGGAAUCGAAAAGUUCGAAGAUUAUGGAAUCGUUCAAAAACAUGGUGCCUCAGUUCGCUACCGUGCUCCGUGAGGGCGAGAAGCUGACACUGCGUGCCGAAGAUCUGGUCCUGGGAGACAUCGUCGAGGUCAAGUUCGGUGACAGGAUACCGGCCGAUAUCCGUAUUAUUGAGGCGCGAAACUUCAAGGUCGACAAUUCGUCACUCACUGGAGAAUCUGAACCGCAAACCCGUAGCCCCGAGUUCACCCACGAGAAUCCUCUGGAAACCAAGAAUCUGGCGUUCUUCUCUACCAAUGCCGUCGAAGGUACUGCUAAGGGUGUCGUCAUCAGCUGCGGUGAUCACACCGUGAUGGGUCGUAUCGCUGGUCUCGCUUCCGGCUUGGACACCGGUGAGACUCCGAUCGCCAAGGAAAUCCACCAUUUCAUCCAUCUGAUUACUGGCGUCGCUGUGUUCCUGGGUGUGACCUUCUUCAUCAUCGCUUUCAUCCUCGGCUACCACUGGUUGGAUGCUGUGAUUUUCCUGAUCGGUAUUAUCGUCGCUAACGUCCCGGAAGGUCUGCUCGCUACCGUGACUGUGUGUUUGACCUUAACUGCCAAGCGUAUGGCCUCGAAGAACUGCCUGGUCAAGAAUCUGGAAGCCGUCGAAACUCUGGGAUCGACCUCGACUAUUUGCUCUGAUAAGACCGGUACACUUACCCAAAACCGUAUGACUGUUGCUCACAUGUGGUUCGACAAUCAGAUCAUCGAAGCUGACACCACUGAAGAUCAGAGCGGUGUGCAGUACGACCGUACCAGCCCUGGCUUCAAGGCCCUGUCCCGGAUCGCUACUCUGUGCAACCGAGCUGAAUUCAAGGGUGGCCAGGAUGGUGUUCCAAUCCUGAAGAAGGAAGUUAGCGGUGAUGCUUCGGAAGCUGCUUUGCUCAAGUGUAUGGAACUGGCCCUUGGAGAUGUUAUUUCCAUCCGUAAGCGCAACAAGAAGGUUUGCGAAAUUCCAUUCAACUCGACCAACAAGUACCAGGUUUCGAUCCACGAGACUGAAGAUAAUAGCGACCCACGUUAUCUGCUGGUCAUGAAGGGUGCCCCUGAACGAAUUCUGGAACGUUGCUCUACCAUCUUCAUCAACGGUAAGGAAAAACUGAUGGACGAAGAGAUGAAGGAAGCCUUCAACAAUGCCUACCUGGAGCUGGGAGGACUUGGAGAACGUGUGCUUGGAUUCUGUGAUUUUAUGCUGCCAUCGGACAAGUUCCCUACUGGAUUCAAGUUCAACUCGGAUGAUGUAAACUUCCCCUGCGAGAACCUGCGCUUCGUCGGCCUCAUGUCCAUGAUUGACCCUCCACGAGCUGCUGUCCCUGAUGCCGUAGCCAAAUGCCGUUCCGCCGGUAUUAAGGUUAUCAUGGUUACCGGCGAUCAUCCGAUUACUGCCAAGGCUAUUGCCAAAUCAGUCGGUAUCAUUUCGGAGGGCAACGAAACCGUUGAAGACAUUGCCCAGCGUCUCAACAUCCCGGUUUCGGAGGUUAAUCCUCGUGAGGCUAAGGCCGCCGUUGUGCACGGUUCGGAACUGCGUGACCUGUCUUCGGAUCAGUUGGAUGAAAUCUUGCGCUACCACACCGAAAUCGUGUUUGCCCGUACUUCGCCACAGCAGAAGCUGAUCAUCGUCGAAGGUUGCCAGCGAAUGGGUGCUAUCGUAGCCGUAACUGGUGAUGGUGUCAACGAUUCUCCUGCCCUCAAGAAGGCCGAUAUCGGUGUUGCUAUGGGUAUCGCCGGUUCCGACGUGUCCAAGCAGGCCGCUGACAUGAUCCUGCUCGAUGACAACUUUGCCUCCAUCGUUACCGGUGUCGAGGAGGGUCGUUUGAUUUUCGACAAUCUGAAGAAAUCGAUCGCCUACACGCUGACAUCCAACAUUCCCGAAAUCUCACCCUUCUUGGCUUUCAUUCUGUGCGACAUUCCGCUGCCGCUGGGUACCGUCACCAUUCUGUGCAUCGAUCUGGGAACUGACAUGGUCCCUGCCAUUUCGCUAGCGUAUGAGGAAGCCGAGUCUGAUAUCAUGAAACGCCAACCACGUAAUCCGUUCACUGAUAAAUUGGUCAAUGAAAGACUUAUCUCGAUGGCCUACGGUCAAAUCGGUAUGAUCCAGGCCGCCGCCGGGUUCUUCGUGUACUUCGUCAUCAUGGCCGAGAACGGAUUCCUGCCGCUGAAGCUGUUCGGACUCCGUAAGGGCUGGGACUCGAAGGCCGUCAACGAUCUGACGGAUUCGUACGGACAGGAAUGGACCUACCGAGACCGCAAAACGCUGGAAUUCACCUGCCACACCGCUUUCUUCGUGUCCAUCGUUGUGGUCCAGUGGGCCGAUUUGAUCAUCUGUAAGACUCGCCGUAACUCGAUUUUCCACCAGGGCAUGAGAAACUGGGCGCUCAACUUCGGUCUCGUCUUCGAGACGAUACUGGCUGCCAUCCUGUCGUACACGCCCGGCAUGGACAAGGGUCUGCGCAUGUUCCCACUCAAGUUCGUCUGGUGGCUACCAGCCUUGCCGUUCAGUUUGUCCAUCUUCGUGUACGACGAAAUCCGUCGUUUCUACUUGAGACGCAACCCAGGUGGCUGGUUAGAACAAGAAACGUACUACUAGGUCAACAAAUUUAUAUUUAAAAAGAUUAACUAAAGAAGAAAGCAAACAGAAACAACAACAACAAAAAAAAUUGAAAAGGUGGUAAAAAAAGUACAGUGCAAAUAACAAAAAAUGAGCAUAAAACAGUAAUAUUUUUUUUUAAUUAUUAAAUUUAUAAAAAGUUAUAAAUUAUGAUUUCUACAAUACACACAAAACCAAACACACGAAGGCGAUAAGAUGUGAAGUAAUAAUUUAAACAAAGAAGAAGAAACACUAGCAACAGAAGUACCCAAGUCGUGCAGAAGAUAAGAAAGCAGUAUCUCCCGUCCUCAUCAAAUUCAGAAACAAAACCUCCCUUUCCUUUCGUUUGUCCUGUUCCCGGCGCAUAUUGUGUCCCCCGCAUUCUGGUUCCCUCGUUCCGGUUUUUCAUGAAAAACGGUCAAUAAAACAAACAUGAAACGAAAAUAUCGAAUUGCGUGUUUUCUCUAUUGCCUAGCGCAGGUCAAUGCAAAAGGCAAUACGCUACAUGUUGUGUCACGACGCACACAUUUUCCCUCCUGCAAACAGAAAUAACGAUAAUAAUAGGAAUGAUUAAAGGAAGUAAAAGACCAAUCGAUAGACCCGCCCUCCCCCUCGUCAGUUUGCGUUUCGAAGAAAAUUAACCACCAUACGAACACGUUUCACCCGUAGUCGUCGUGAUUCGUUCGCCAGUUUCGAUGUGUGAGUGUGCUUUCCGUGGCCCCGCUUGGCUCCAUUUUGCAAAAAAAAAGAAUACUUUUCCAACUACAGAAAACCGGAGGAAAGCUCAACGCGCGGUUUGUUGUGUUACCGACCAGGCGAGAAAAUUCAAAAACGAAAGAUCUCCAAGGCGGGAUUAGAACCGAAUUGACAAAUUUGACAACUCUCUCGUACAAACAACUAACAAAGAAACAAACAAAAACAGAUGCCAUAAAGCGUGCCUGAAUUGUCGCGGUUAAAUACAUGAACCCGCUAACGAACGCACUUGAUAUUGAAAAUCGCGGUUACGCAUACACAGAAAACUCGUUAACAACAACUCUGCCAUUGUUCUUGGAUCGGCAAAGUGUGUACGUGCGCGUUUUUUCUCUCUUGGUCUCACUCGACCCCUUGAACUAUCUCACGUGCAAACGCGGCAACUUAUCAACACACACGCGCGUACAGCGAAUACGGGAUCGCGACUCAUUUUUAAGGAAAGAAGAUGAUGGAAAAGGCUAAAGUAAAGUUUUAUGAAGAAAUAAGAAACAGCUAAUCGUCGUUCUAGGCGUUGAAGAAUACUAAUGAUGGAAAUAAGGAUGAAAAAUUAUAAUUAUUCUAGUGUGUGUGUGUGUUCGUGCGUUCGCUAACUUAUUUAAACGGUCGCAUUGGUCGCUUUUUCUGUGUGCGGUAGCCAGGGCCAGAUCAGGCAUUGCCACGCAGUAGAUUUUCGAGCGCUACUGUGUUUGUCUCACUUUCACUCUGGUCCCUACUGGUUAGAGCACUAUGACACACGCGUUCUCACGAUUUUGUUCGACAGCGCACACAAACACACACACCCACACGCAUAUGCAUACACAUCUACAUUAAAUUUGGGUUGGUGGUAUUUCGGAUCCGAUGGAUUCUAUGGGUCGCAGUGUAAGUCCUCUUCUAUUCGAAACGAUAAUGAAGUCCGAUUUAACGAUAUUAUUCGACUCCUAGCUUUCCUUGCUUGAACAAAAUGAUUGAAAAUGGAGAAAGAUAAUGCGACGAAUCGGUAAAUGGUUAUUUUUUAGUUUGAAAUACUGCCACCCUAGCGUACAUAUACAGUCACUUUCACUCUUUGCGCGAAAUAUUAAAUUUAAACAAUGAAUCAUGGAUGUCGUCAAUCGCCAUACGCAAGAAGAAAACAAACCCCAGAGAAUAUUAAAACAAAAAAAAAUACACAUUCUAACUAGCGCGCUCGGUAAAGCACCGCCCUCCUUAUCUUGAUUCCCACUUUCCCCGUUGUUAAUCUCUGCAACCCUAACAACCCAUACCUAAUCCUGGACCCAUCCCCUCUAGCCCGCGAUCCCUAAUAACAAAUCUGUAGAUUUUCCUCCACCCACGAAACCCCCUCUCUAUCUUUCAUCAUUCUCUUAUUAUUAAUAAAUUAAAUAAAGAAGAAAAUGAAAAAAACUCGUUGUUAGUUACAAAGGAAAGCUAAUUUAAAAAAAAUUAAAAAUAAUGAAGAAAAACUCUAGCAGUAGUGAGAAGAAUCAACAAAGAACUAAAAUUUAGUAGAAGAAAACUAAGAAGAAAAACAAAAAACAAGGAUAAGCGCAAGGGAAAAUUGUUAACGAAAGUGAAGUGAAUAUAUUAGAUGAGAAUAAAAGUUGUUUUAAAGAUUGUUUUUAUUGCCCCUUCUCAACGACACACAUACACUCACAAGCACGGACACGAUAAAACUUUGUAUACUGUUUACUCAACGGCCGCUCACUUUACUCUCUGUAGACAAAGCGAAACCUCUCUUUCUCAUCACUCCAGCAAGUUUUCUCUAUCUCUUUGUUUCCUUUUUCGUACGAAGGUCAACUGCCGAACAGGAUUUACUCCGAUUUUACCGACUCUUCCACUCUGAAUCGGUGAGCUGUUUUGUGAUAAAAAUAUUACUUUCCUAAUCGGAAGAGUUCUCCAGGUAUCUCGGAGCACUACUCCUAUGUGUGAGCAUUGCCUCUUCCUGUUCUUACUUUUUUUUUUCGAUUUUCUGUCAGAUUUUUGUAUUUUUGUUUAUGCUUACUGAUCGACUUUUUUUGUCUUACGACUUUCACAAAAAAGCAAAUUUUUGUCGCACUCUCUCACUUCCAAAGUUGGAGCAAAAACCUUCUUUAUUUGUUUUUUGUCCCGGCUCUUGAAACAAUCCUUGAACUCGUUGUGUUUGUUGUUUGUUAUUUUUUCUUAUUAAAUUGGACUUAUUUUUCCUCCAACACAAAUACACACGCUCGAUCGAUCGAUUUAGAUUCGAUUAAUUUAGCCUAGUGCAUGAUAAAAAUCCAUUUAAAUAAAAGAACAAAAAAAACAUACAAAAACACGCGCAGAGAUGAAACAUGCGAAAAUUGUUGAUUUUUAGCUCUGAAAAAAAAAAAAAUGAAGCAACCCGACGAAAGCAACAAUUUCCAAUAAGAGAUAAAAAUCCAUCAAGCUGAAAAAAAAAGAAAAAUUUCCAUGCGUUCAACAGAUGAAAACAAACAAAUAGAAAGCAGAAAAAUAAGUAAUUCGUCACAUAAAACUGCCCGAUUGUUGUAAACUAAUUAAAAAUGCAUGAAAUAAAAAAAAACAAGACAAAAUAUUUCAGCAAGAAAAAACACACACAUUUAAAUGUAAAGUGAAAUCCGCAGAUAAACCAAGUUAGCUAAAUUUAAAGAAAAAAGGCUAUUUGAAUUAAUACCAAUAAAUAAAGGAAACAAAAAGAAAAAAAAACUCGUUAUAAAACAGCUGUAGAACAGAAACAAACAAAUACACAAACAAUUACACCACAUACAGUAACAACAAACAAAAAACCAACACACACACACACAACCCCAAAACUAAAAUUAAGCAUAAAAGAAACAAUAUUUCUCUUCAUCAAAAAACAACACACAAAACAGAAAAAUCUCUUUCUCUUGAACCAACAGCCAGCAGAUGAAUGAGAGAAGCAAAAUAAUCUAAAUGGAAUCGAUACCAGGGUCGAAACAGCAGAAAAAGAACAAAUACAAUAACUGGAACGACAAAAAACCAUAACAAACAUGCAUACACAUACAAACAACACACAUAAAACAAACACUGCAAAUAAUCGAAAGCUAAAGAAAUAACAAAGGAAGAGAGAAAUAGAAGGAGAAGAGAAACAAAACAAAAAAAAAAUACGACAGCAAAUACUGAAGCAUGCGAUUUUCAACCGCGCGAUGAUGAGUAGAAGAAGAAUCGAGAAAGCAAUGCAAGUAGCACGGAAAAUGAUGAUAAAUGAUGAUGAAGUAGAAGAACAAGAUGAUGAGGAUUAAAAAAAACCAGCAACCAAGGGUGAAAGGCCAUCAGAAGAAAAAUCAAUUGUCAGAAUAAAGUCAGAACAAUAGUAUUUAACAAA